CGUGGGAACCAGAAGUAUUGAGAUUGUGGAGGUAGGAUUAUGGAAGGAAAGUGUUGUUCAAUUAGAUAAGAAAUAGUUUCGUGGGUUUGUUUGUUUGAUAGAACGGUUGGCGACGAUGUCAGUUUCGCCACGCCACUUGAAGAAGAAAGUGUUGUAGAUUACUUUUCCUCGAACAAGUGAGUUGUGUGAAUUGAACGAGAUUUAUUUUAUAUUCCAUCCCUCUAAACAGCGAAGCUUCUGUUGAAUUAAGUACAUCUUGUUGGUUGUUUAAGAAGGGAAAGAUUAUAAUAAAAGAAAGGUAUAAAUUUUUCGAUUAGCUUCGUUAAAAAUACUUGUAUUUAUCUAUAACUUUUGAAGUACACUCGACAAAAUAAAUUGGAGGAACAGAGUGUGUCACACCCCUUCAGUGAGUGACGAACCUGCCAAGACUUCACCUUGAUUCGCCAAACCACCCGAACCCAGCCCUGGUUGACGAACUGUCACCCGCACAAAAGGUAAAGCAGAAUAGAUGAAAAGUGAGCGAAAGUUAACGUGAACAAUACAAUCACAAAGUUACGUAUAAAUUACAAAGUUAUAUAUUUAAAAGUAGUAAAAAUACUCUAUUGGCCAGUGCCCAGAGAUUAGCCCUUUUUGAUUCCGUCACAUACGAUACAGAAUACAGAUUACGAUUGCCACGCUAAAAUUACAAAUUAUUUGUGCAACUACGGAUAGAAUUACUACAGAUUGAAAGCAAACACUAAACGUAACACUCGGCCGGCGCACUCCCUCAUUCGGUCCAACCAACACCUGACGAUCGAAUCGCUUGCAAUUUCUGUGUGGAAAUGCGUUUGAAGGACUGCUUUCGGCGACUCUCGGUGGAGAAGAUGGUUAUGAAAAGAUAUCAAGAGAAGAGGAGCAUUCAAAUCGAGCAACAAUGUAGAAAACCGGUGAAAAUACUAUUACUUGGUGCCGGUGAAUCCGGCAAGACAACCAUCAUCAAACAGAUGCAGAUUCUGCACGUUCAAGACGGAUUUAGUUAUGAUGAGCGUUUAGACAAGUUACACGAUAUCAUAGAAAAUAUCCACGAAUCAAUUUACGAAUUAGUUCGGCAAGUAAUAUUCAUGGAUCUGCAAUUUGACUCGAUAGAAAAUCGAAAUCAUGCUGAUAAAAUCCUAAGGAUGGGAAACGAAGCACCGUGGAAUCUAUGCGUAGACUAUGUUCACCGCGUUAAAAGCCUAUGGUCCGAUAUGGCAAUCAAAACAUGCUACAAACGGUCGAACGAAUUCCAACUAAUGGACAGUGCAAAAUAUUUUUUGGAUCGCGUCGAAAGACUUUCCAUACCUGGAUACAUCCCAACGAACUCGGAUAUACUGAACUGCCGCAAGACGACUACGGGUAUACAAGAAAUCAAUUUUCACAUUCCAAUGCCGAAAUCUCUCGGUGGCGGAUGCCAAGAAUUUCGGAUGUUUGAUGUCGGAGGACAACGCGCACAUCGAACCAAGUGGAUGCAGAUAUUUGAGGACAUUGAAGUGGUAUUGUUCAUGAUCGAAUGUAGCAGUUUUGAUCAGACGUUGAGAGAGGAUCCGGGAAAAAAUCGACUUGUCGAGAGCUUCGAUCUGUUCAGAGGGGUUUGGCAGAACCGAUUUCUGGCGGAAGCAGGAUUGAUUGUAUUUCUUAACAAACAAGAUAUUUUGGCAGAGAAAAUACGAGCUGGGAAAUCGAUAAAGGAUUAUUUCGCUGAGUUUGACGAUUUCGUGGUGGUUGGUGAUGAUGAGGAUGGAAUCGAUGGCGAACUUGCGAGAACGAGGCGAUUCAUUAUGUCGAGAUUAGUGGAUAUCACUAACGAACAACCCCGCCGGACGUCUCAUCUUGUGCGAAGGAAUCGCUCAUGCUACUACCACUUCACCGUAGCAACAGACACCCAAAACGUUCGAAAUGUGUUUAACGAUGUCCAUAAUAUCAUUUUGACAAGAAAUUUAGAAGACUUUAGUGUUUCAUAGUUUAUAUUUGUAUGAAAGUACCAAUAAAACAUAUUUUACAUUC